CUGCAGCCUCACUGCACUUCAAACACACCAUGGACAAAGACUUGCACAGGCUGGUGCUAACUCAGGGAAUCGACCUGCAGGAGUUCUGUGUGUCUCAGGAAUAUGGGUUUGUUCUUUCAGAUCCGCUGACUGACCUGCCUGAGUAUUACCAGCCCUGGAUGGAGAUAGCCAAGCACGUGCCCAGCUUAAUCGAAAACCGUCAGAUUCGCUCCAGAGUCAACGAGAUGCCUCUAUUGAGCACUGUCCAUCUACAAGGCCACAGAGAGCAGAGGCUGGCCCACCUCGCACUGGGCUUCAUCACAAUGGGCUACGUCUGGCAGGAGGGGGUGAAACACCCAAGCAAGGCCCUCCCAAGGAGCCUGGCUGUACCCUACUGUGAAGUCUCCGAGCUUCUCGGCCUCCCUCCCAUACUGGUCUACGCAGACUCGGUCUUGGCAAACUGGAAGAAAAAGGAUCCCAAUGGACCUCUGGAAAUAGGAAAUCUAGAUACGAUAUUCACAUUCCCGGGAGGCAACUGUGCCAGAGGAUUUUUUUUAGUUUCUCUGAUUGUCGAGAUAGCUGCAGCCACGGGUAUAAAGUCUAUUGCCACAGCACUGAACUCCAUGUCCCUAUACGAUACCAACUCCUUGCAUGAGGCUCUGCUAGAUAUAGCAAAGUCUCUCAACAACAUGAGAGAAGCGUUCAAACUAAUGCAUGGCAGUGUAGACCCAGGAGACUUCUAUGGACAACUAAGAAUAUUUUUGCACGGCUGGAGAGACAACCCGCUGUUGCCCGAAGGCAUGCUGUACGAGGGGGUGUGGGAGGAGCCGAAGCACUACUCCGGGGGCAGUGCUGCACAGAGCUCAGCGAUCCAGUGCUUCGAUGAGUUUCUGGGGAUACGGCACGGAUUUGACUAUGAAGCUCCAUACCUCAACAGGAUGAGGGACUACAUGCCCCCGGCCCACAGGGCCCUGAUUCAGGCUAUAGCUGCUGGACCCUCGGCCCGCCACCACAUCAUAGCCACUGGGAGCGCUGAACUGUGCCACGCCUACAACAACUGUGUCACCGCGCUAGUGGAACUGAGAAACUAUCACAUCAACACCGUGGUCAAGUACAUAACAAUCCCAGCCAACAAAGGAAAAGUGACCAGCGGCUGCAUCUUUCAGAUACACUCCUCAGCUGUAGCUGAAACAGGGACAGGAGGCACAGAUCUCAUGUGUUUCCUGAAAUCAGUCAGAGAUACAACCCGAAGGGUGUUAAUAAAUGACAUUUAGAUUACUAGCGACUACAUCCUACUGACAAUAAACCUCCUAUAAAACUACCACCCCAUUCUCCCAAGCAUUACAGAGCGUUACCAAGACUUUAUCAUUCCAGCAAUGUGCACUGAUGGAGCUUGAUUACCAAAACUCCACUUCAUUGAAAACAGGUUUACAUUCAGGCUAAGCCUUAUUAAUAAGCCUUAUUAAUAUUUACACUAUAGGCGCACUGUGAGAUCACAGGAUGCGGGGCUGCUGGUUAUUCCUAGGGUCAACAAAAGCAACACGGGAGGCAGGGCUUUUUCUUGUAGAGCUCCGAGAUUAUGGAAUGAUCUGCCUUCGUUUGUCAGUCUAGCUGGGACUGUUACAGUUUUCAAGUCAAGACUAAAAACGCAGUUUUAUAAAAUGGCUUUCUUUGUGGGUUUUAAUGUAAAUUGUUGCUUUUGUAUUAUUAUUAUUAUUAUUAUUAUUAUUAUUAUUAUUAUUAUUAUUAUGUAUACUGUUAUUUAAAUCCUGUUAUUUAAAUGGUCUGAUUGUGGCAGUUGUAUGUGUGACAUGCUAUACAAAUGUAUUGUGGUUUGUUCUUUUUUUCUGCUAUGUACUGUAUAAAAAGCACUAUAUAAAUGUAAUAAAUAAAAAUACAU